AUGCUAGGUCUGCGGCCUCGUCUUAAAGCCCGACCUUCGCUUCUCGAUCUCAUCCGCAGGCAGAACAUUGACGACAACUCGCAGUCGCUUCCCGUGCUGGUGGCAGACGCACGCCCCAUCCAUAUCCCGCUCCCUUCGAGCCCGCAGAUAACACCGCAGAUUGAAGCCCCCGGUCCGCCGCCUUACAGCUUGAAGGACGAGGAGAAGAACGCUUUAAAGAUGGCUCCGGUAAGCUUUAAAGGUCAGCGAAAGACGAUGGAGGUCGGCGAGGACCUGCAUGGCUCCGUGUACUCUAUCUCUGGACCCGUUAUUGUGGCCGAGAACAUGAUAGGAUGUGCUAUGUACGAGCUUGUGCGUGUUGGUCACGACUCUCUGGUUGGAGAAGUGAUUCGAAUCGAGGCCGAUAAGGCCACUAUCCAGGUCUACGAAGAGACAGCUGGUGUGACAGUGGGGGACCCCGUUGUCGGUUCAGGAAAACCACUCUCCGUCGAACUCGGCCCUGGUUUGAUGGAAACCAUCUACGACGGAAUCCAACGGCCCCUCCGAAAUAUUGCAAACAUCUCCAACAGUAUUUACAUUCCCCGUGGCAUCGAUGUCCCUUGUCUCGACCGGGAGAUCAAGUGGGACUUCACGCCCGGGAAACUGAAGGUCGGAGACCACAUCACUGGCGGUGAUGUGUUCGGCUCCGUUUUCGAGAACAGCCUUCUCAACGACCACAAGAUUCUACUGCCUCCAAGAGCUCGAGGUACCAUCACUCGGAUAGCAGAGAAGGGCAGCUAUACGGUGGACGAGAAGAUUCUGGAACUGGAGUUCAACGGCGUAAAGACUGAGUACAGCAUGAUGCACAACUGGCCUGUCCGUGUGCCUCGCCCUUCUACUGAGAAACUAUCUUCAGAUCAACCCCUCAUUGUUGGUCAACGUGUUCUCGACGCACUAUUUCCUAGCGUACAAGGUGGCACUGUGUGCAUUCCAGGCGCUUUCGGGUGCGGCAAGACUGUCAUCAGUCAGUCCUUGUCUAAGUUCUCCAACAGUGACAUCAUUGUCUAUGUCGGAUGCGGCGAGCGCGGUAAUGAAAUGGCCGAAGUCUUGAUGGAGUUCCCUGAUCUGACUACUGAAGUCAACGGCAAGGAGGAGCCCAUCAUGAAGCGAACCACGCUCAUUGCCAACACAUCCAACAUGCCCGUGGCUGCCCGGGAAGCCUCCAUCUACACGGGUAUCACCGUGGCCGAGUACUUCCGUGAUCAAGGCAAGGACGUUGCCAUGAUGGCUGACUCGUCCUCUCGAUGGGCGGAGGCUCUUCGUGAGAUUUCGGGUCGUCUCGGGGAAAUGCCUGCUGAUCAAGGCUUCCCUGCCUACUUGGGUGCUAAGUUGGCCUCUUUCUACGAACGUGCUGGCCGUGUCACUGCUUUGGGGAGCCCAGAGCGACACGGCAGUGUCAGUAUCGUUGGCGCCGUAAGCCCGCCAGGAGGUGAUUUAUCAGAUCCCGUUACUAGCAGCACACUUGGUAUCGUGCAAGUCUUCUGGGGUCUCGAUAAGAAGCUCGCUCAACGGAAACAUUUCCCAUCGGUGAACACAUCAAUCAGUUACAGCAAAUACACCACGUCUCUCGACAAAUACUAUGCUAAGAACAACCCCGAGUUCCCUCGGCUACGAGACCGUAUCAAGGAGCUGCUUACAACCUCGGAAGAUCUGGACCAAGUCGUGCAGCUGGUGGGUAAAUCGGCCUUGGGCGAUCCAGACAAGAUUACGCUAGAUGUUGCAACGCUGAUCAAGGAAGACUUCUUGCAGCAAAACGGCUACUCAGAUUACGAUCAGUUCUGCCCUCUUUGGAAAACAGAAUGGAUGAUGAGGGUCAUGAUGGCGUUCCACGAUGAGGCACAGAAGGCUGUCGCUCAGGGCCACAGUUGGGGCAAGAUCCGAGACUCGACAUCGGAAAUCCAGAACCAGCUCCGUAACAUGAAGUUUGAGGUGCCGAGCGAAGGCGAAGAGAAGAUCACCAAGAAGUACGAGGAGCUUCACCAGAAGCUCAUGGACAAGUUUGCAUCAGUUGUAGACGAAUAGAGUGUAACUUUUAGUGGUGAAGGAAACGUUCUGUUUGCAUAGCGGACUAGUUCCUCGGUAUUUUGUUUGGCAGGAGAAGAUAGAAUGCGAGUGAAUUGCAUUUUGUCACCUAGUGUGGAACACGAUAGUUGAAUGUGGAUGCCUGUU